UACCAACGACCAAUCGCCGCGAACAGUCCGCUCGAGUGAAAUAUUUAGCAAGCAGUACAGAAAAUUUAGUUUGGAAAUUUAUGUAAAAAGUGUUUGAAAUCUUAGGUUGUUAAUUUGCAGCUUUUUACGGCAAUAUGGAGAGCUUUGCAGCAGCCGGCUCACAAAUGGGGCCACACUUUGCCGCACUCAGCAAUGGAUCCGUGACAGACAAGGUCUUACCCGAUAUGGCGCAUCUAAUCUCGCCGUAUUGGCAUCAGUUCCCCGCUAUGGAUCCCAUUUGGGCGAAAAUUCUUACCGCCUACAUGAUUAUGAUUGGCUCGAUUGCCUGGUGCGGAAAUGGCGUUGUGAUUUACAUAUUUGCCACAACAAAAUCAUUGCGCACGCCUGCUAACCUCCUGGUCAUUAAUUUGGCCAUUUCGGAUUUCUCAAUUAUGUUGGUGAACACACCUCUGAUGGGCAUUAACUUGUACUUUGAGACCUGGGUGCUAGGUCCCAUGAUGUGCGACGUUUAUGCCACACUGGGCUCCAUCUUUGGCUGCAGCUCCAUCUGGUCGAUGGUAAUGAUAUCCCUGGAUCGUUAUCAAGUCAUUGUCAAGGGCAUGGCUGGACGCCCAAUGACAAUACCAUUGGCGCUCGGCAAAAUCGUCUAUGUGUGGGGCAUGUCAACCAUUUGGUGCAUAGCGCCAAUGCUGGGAUGGGGCAGAUAUAUUCCUGAGGGCAAUCUGACAUCGUGCGGUAUUGACUACUUCGAUCGCGGAUGGAAUGCACGCUCGUAUCUGAUCUUCUACACCAUCUUUGUUUACUACAUUCCGCUGUUCCUCAUCUGCUACUCCUACUGGUUCAUCAUUGCUGCCGUUUCUGCUCACGAGAAGGCCAUGCGCGAGCAGGCCAAGAAAAUGAACGUCAAAUCUCUGCGCUCCUCUGAGGAUGCCGAGAAGAGUGCUGAGGGCAAGCUGGCCAAGGUUGCGCUGGUCACCAUCAGCCUGUGGUUCAUGGCUUGGACUCCAUACAUGGUCAUCAACAGCAUUGGUCUGUUCAAGUUUGAGGGUCUUACGCCCCUGAACACCAUUUGGGGCGCUUGCUUUGCCAAGUCGGCUGCGGUAUACAAUCCAAUUGUCUACGGCAUCAGCCAUCCCAAGUAUCGCAUUGCUCUGAAGGAGAAGUGUCCAUGCUGCGUCAUGGGCAAGGUGGACGAUGGCAAAUCGAGCGAUGCUCAGUCCACGGCGACAGCUAGCGAGGCCGAGUCCAAGGCCUAAGCCGACAAUGCAACACGAACACGAACAGCAACUUAAAUUAAUAACAGCAACAGCAACAAAGCAAGAACAACUUCAAUACCAAAAUCCAACAAUAACAACAACAACAGCAAGAACAACUGCAGCAACAGAACGAAACGCUUUCGAAUAACAAUAAUAAAAUGCUAACAAACUUAUGUCAAAGUCAAACUACUGCAAUGUCAAUAAAGACUACAAAAUAUACAAAAAAAAAAAAAAU